AUGCUGGUUUGGGGUCUACGGCCCCCACGGCUCGUCAUCACAGUGCAUGGAGGCAUGACCAAUUUCGAAGUGCAGGAGAAAUUGGGCGACAUGUUUCGGGACGGACUGCUGAAGGCGGCACAGACCACAGGAGCGUGGAUAAUCACGGGAGGUCUGGAUUGCGGCGUCGUGAAACACGUGGCUCGAGCGCUCGACGAUGCUGGUAUAUCAGCAAGGUCGAAUGCGGUCGAAAAAAUAGUGACGAUCGGCAUCGCUCCAUGGGGAGUUAUCAAGCGGAGAGAGCGCUGGUGA